ACAACAGUCUGCUAGCUGCUACUCUGCUUGAACUUCGGGAGCCUGAUCACAAAAUUAUUUGGUUUAGAGUAAAGUUAGUGGUUAAUUGUGUUUAAGUGUACUUCCUUCACUACAAAUGGGGUACUUAAAACAGUUAGACGUAGACAAUUUCAAAUCAUGGAGAGGGAAGCAAGUGAUUGGACCUUUUAAACGAUUUAACUGCAUUAUUGGUACUAAUGGUUCAGGGAAGUCGAAUGUAAUGGAUGCGCUAGGGUUUGUUAUGGGUGAGCGGGCUUCGAACUUGAGGGUGAAACACACCCGGGAACUCAUCCAUGGAGCGCAUAUCGGCAAGCCAGUUUCCAAAACGGCUAGUGUUACUAUGAGAUAUUGCGACGACGACGAUGAAGAGCUGAACUUCUGCAGGACCGUUUCAGGGGACUCUUCUGAAUAUUACAUCAAAGGCAAACAUGUGACGUUGGCCAAGUACACUGGAGAACUGGAGAAGAUUGGCAUUGUGGUGAAAGCCAGGAACUGUCUUGUGUACCAGGGUGCUGUGGAGUCCAUUGCUAUGAAGAACGCCAAGGAAAGGACGCGCAUGUUCGAGCGGAUCAGUAACUCUCUGGAGUUGGCGGACGAGUACGAGAAGAAGCGUGCCGCUCUGCAGAAGGCCAAGGAGGACACGCAGUUCCACUUCAACAGGAAGAAGUCCGCCACUGCUGAGAGGAAGCAGGUGUCCAAGGACCAGGCAGAGGCGAUGAAGUUUCAGGCGUUGCUGGAUGACGUGGGGGAGUGUCGCCUGCAGCUGAACCUGUUCCAGCUCUACCAGAACGAGCGCGCCGCGCAGGCCGUGUCGGGCAGCCUGAAGGAGCGGCAGGCCGCCGCCGCCGCCCAGAAGAAGGUUCUGGAGACGUGGGAGCAGACGGUGAAGAACCAGAAGAAGGAGCACGGCUGCCUGAGCCGAGAGCUCCAGCAGAUCGAGAAGCAGAUCCGUGGGGAGGAGCAGAAGCUGAGCCUGCAGAGGCCGCAGUACAUCAAGGCCAAAGUGAACACGUCCCACCACGAGAACAAGGCCAAGGAGGGCCGCUCGGGCCUGCAGAAGGGCCAGCGCCAGAGGGACAGGAAGCAGGCGGAGCUGGACGAGCUGCAGGGCCAGAUAGACGAGCUGGAGAGGGUCUGGAAGAAGUACGAGAAGGAGGUGGAGCAGGAGGAGGCAACCAGGGGGAGGGACGUACAGCUGGGGGAGGCACAGCUGAAGCGCUACAAGGAGCUGAAGGAGAAGGCGAGGAAGCAGGGCGCCACGCUGGAGCAGCAGGCUGAGAAGCUGCAGUGGGAGACCAAGGCCGACCGAGAGAAGCUCAACUGCGACCAGAGGAAGAAGAUGGAAGUGGAGGUGAUGCACCUCUCAUCGGUGGAGGAGCUGCGUUUGCAGGAGGAGCGUCUGGUGCAGGAGCUGGAGGUAUGCUGCGGCGCCCUGGAGCUGCUGAACCAGGAGCUGGGGGAGGUUCUGGGGAGCUGCAACUUCGCGACCACCAGGAGAACCGCGCCAGCAGAAGCGGACGAAGCGAAGCGUGAGCGCGCGCCAAAGCUGCUGCUGGACGUGGUGCAGACGAGGGCCGGAGCCCCCGAGCUGAAGAGGGUGCUGCAGUUCGUGUGCGGGAACACACUCGUGUGUGAGACCAUAGAGGAGGCCCGCGUGCUGGCUGGCAGGAAGCAUACGAAGACUGUGGCGCUGGACGGCACCAUGUUCUCCAAGUCGGGGGUGAUCUCUGGCGGCUCUCUGGCCCUGCGCAGCAAAGCUCGCCGCUGGGAGGAGAGAGACAUGAACAAACUCAAGGAGAAGAAGGACCAGCUCACUGCAGAACUACGGACCCUGAUGAAGCUGAGGCAUAAGGAGGCGGAGCUGAAGCAGAUCAGAGCGCAGGCUCAGGGCAAUCAGACCCGACUCAAGUACUCGCACACAGAGCUGGACGCCCUGCGCAAGAAGACCAUCCCUGCCUGCCAAGCCGAGAUCUCUCGGCUGGAGAGUGAGCUGUCUAACCUGGAGUCUCAGAUUUCUGUGGCAGAGGAGAACUUGGAGAAAAAGGAGAGCGAGCUGAAAAGUCUCAGAGACAAGGCCAACCAGAUGGAGGACGUUGUUUUCGCUGAUUUCUGCCAUGAGAUCGGUGUCGCCAACAUUCGAGAGUAUGAACAGGAGUAUGUCAAACAGCAGCAGGAUGUGGAUCGCAAACGGCUGCAGUUUGAGUCUCAGCGCACACGCCUCAAUGCCCAGCUGGAGUACGAACAGGGGCAGCUGCAGCAGCUCAACAAGAAGCUGCGCAAACUCCAGGACACCAUCGACAAGGAGGAGGAGACCAUCCUCAACCUCAAGAAGGAAGAAGAGAAGAUGCUGGCGUUGGUGGACAAGGCUCAGGUUCAUGUGCAGGAGCUCAAGGAUGUGUGUACAGAGAAGAAGUCAGAAGUCAGCACCUCCAAAGCCGACCUGGACCAGAAGGUCAAGAAUCUACAGGAAAUUUCCAGAGAGCUGGUGCGUCUGCAGAAGCAGGUUCUGUCUGUGGAGGGCUCCAUGGAGCAGAAGAGGCUGAGCCGACACAACCUGCUGCUGGCCUGCAAGAUCGAGGGCAUCCCCCUCACCCUGCUCUCCGGAACCAUAGACGACAUCAGCGACGUGCAGCUGGACUCUGAGUCCCAGAGCACGUGCACGCUGGACAUCUAUGAGCGUGAGGAGCAGAUGCUGAUAGACUACUCAGCCCUGGCAGAUGAGCUCAAGGCCGUGAGUGAGGAGGGGGAGGUGGAGAAGGCGCUGCAGGGUCUGAGGGAGAAGCUGUCCUCACUGGACGGGGUCAUCCAUCGCUCUGAGCCGCCCAACCUCAAGGCCCUGGAGAAGAUGAGGGAGAUCAAGGACAGCUUCAGGAAUGUGGUGGACGCUUUUGAGGAGAGCACCAGCAUGGCUCGGCGCUGUAAUCACGAGUUUGAGCAGGUCAAGACCAACCGCUUCCGUCUCUUCAGCCAGUGCUUCGAGCAUGUGUGUGUGGCCAUCGACCAGAUCUACAAACAGAUGUGCAGGAACACCAGUGCACAGGCCAUCCUGAGUGCUGAGAACCCUGACGAGCCGUACCUGGACGGCAUCAGCUACAACUGCGUGGCGCCGGGCAAGCGCUUCAUGGCCAUGGACAACCUGUCCGGCGGAGAGAAGGCCAUCGCCGCCCUCGCACUCAUCUUUGCCAUCCACAGUUUCCGGCCUGCUCCUUUCUUUGUGCUAGACGAAGUGGACGCCGCGCUGGACAACACCAACAUCGGCAAGGUGACAGGGUUCAUAAGAGAGCAGUGUCAGGAGAAUUUCCAGGUGAUCGUCAUCUCACUCAAGGAGGAGUUCUACUCCAGAGCAGAUGUACUGCUGGGAGUCUACUCUGAGUCUGGUGAGACCAUCUCCAGCCGCGUGCUCUCCGUAGACCUCACGUCCUACCCCCUCACUGAGGAAACCCCCUCACAGAGAGACACAGAGAUGUAGACAUGGUGGGAGAGAGAUGACAGAGAGAGAGAUGGGAGAGUCAGGAGAUGUAGACAUCGACACCGAGAGAUGGGAGAGUCAGGAGACGGAGACAUCGACACCGAGAGAUGGGAGAGUCAGGAGACGGAGACAUCGACACCGAGAGAUGGGAGAGUCUAUAUCAGGAGAUGAGGUUAUGGAGAGAUUGAUAGAAGGACCCAACGAGAUGGAGAGAGUGCAUCAGACAGAGAUAAGGAGAUGUUAGAUGGAGAUGAGAGAAACAUUAUAGGGGAGUUAGAUGCUAUGUUUAAAAGUUUGUUUGUGUUUUUUAAGAUUUUUUGUCGAUAGACGUGUGUCUGUUUGCACUGGAUUUUACCUAAACUGUUUUUAUUGAAAUUGAAUUGCACUGUCUUAACGGACAGAUUUGAUAGAUUUUUACUAAUUUUUAAUUAGCAAGUAACAUUUUAAACCCCACCCUCCCAAAAUUGCACUUUCAGUUGUUUUGAUGAUGUUAUUCGCACAUAGUAAUG